AUUUCGUCGUCGCGGCGCGAUGGCUCGAUAUUACGGCAAGAUGCGCUCCUCGUUCGACUCGGAAGGGACGAGCGCCGGGCUCUCCCCACCGCAGUCGCCGCCGCGCCAUCCAGUCUACUUCGUCCAGAGCCCGUCCCGUGACUCCCACGAUGGCAACGAGAAGCCAUCGUUCCACUCGACGCCCGUGAUGAGCCCCAUGGCGUCGCCUCUCCAUCACCAGUCCUUCAUCAAGCACUCGGGAAGCUUGCAGAGCGAGGCCAGCUCUGUGCCCCCUGCGCCCAAGCCAGGAUCACGGAGAGUUCUUCCCCACGGCGGCUCGCUCCCUCCCCAUCACAGGCCGCACAAGAAGGGGUACAAGCAAUGGAUCCCGGGGACCAUCAUGGAGGAGGAGGAGCAGCAAUCGCACGGAGAAUCGGGCAAGAGGAAGCCCCUCUCGCGGUGCUGCCUGUUCUGGAUCAGCGUUCUCUGCUGUGUUCUUCUCCUCAGCUUUGGAGCGCUCAUCUUCUGGCUCGUCUGCCAGCCUCACUCGCCCAAGCUCGUCGUCAAGAAAAUCAUCUUCCACGAGUUUACCGUCGUGGCCGGGACGGACUCGGGCGUCCCGACGCGAGUGCUUACGUCCAAUUGCACGCUCAUGGUGAAUUUCCGCAACCCAUCGCAGUACUUUGGCCUCCACGUCCACGCUGCCGACAUCAAUCUGGUUUUCAACGAGCUCACGAUCGCUACAGGCCAGAUCCCAAAGUUCUACCAGCACAAGGACAGCAUGAAAACUUUCCCCGUGAAUGUGGAGGCGAUCAAGGUGCCGCUCUACGGCGCGGGGCCGGAUCUAGAGGGCUACACGAGCGGCGGUGGCGACGUGCCGCUGGCGGUGACUGGAACAAUCCAGUCGCGAGCCCACGUCUUCCCGCUGGUGCGCCCAAAGUACCGCACUUCCUUCUUCUGCCGCUUCAAGGUCCAUACCAGCCAAGUCAAGUUCCUCCGAGUUCUCGCAAACUCCUGCGCCUACGCGUGAGAGCCCCCACGCAAUAAAGUCGGGUUUGUUUUGUUUGGUGGGAUAUUCGGUUUGGCCUCUUUAAUUUAUUCUUUUAGGUCA